AUGGAGUUCAUCAAACUUCUCUUCGUCUCGCCAGAGAUCAACCCCAGUAAUCGCAAAGCUCAGUCUGUCCCAGUUCUCAACCCCUUCGAUCGAUAUGGACGGGUUUUCUUCUUUUCAUGGCUUGGUUUCAUGGUUGCGUUCCUUUCGUGGUACGCUUUCCCGCCAUUGUUGACUGUCACAAUCCGAAAAGACUUGCACAUGUCACAGCAGGACGUUGCGAACUCGAACAUUGUUGCCUUGCUAGCAACAUUACUUGUGAGAUUUGUGGCAGGCCCUCUCUGUGAUCGGUUUGGGCCACGUCUGGUGUUUAUCGGCUUGCUGCUCAGCGGUGCGAUACCCACUGCUAUGGCCGGUCUGGUCACCACGCCUAAGGGUUUGAUUGCGUUACGGUUCUUCAUCGGUAUCUUGGGAGGCACCUUCGUGCCUUGUCAGGUUUGGUGCACGGGUUUCUUCGACAAGAAGAUCGUCGGAACGGCCAAUGCCCUAGCUGGAGGUUGGGGAAACGCCGGUGGUGGCAUCACAUACUUCGUGAUGCCAGCUGUAUACGACUCGCUUGUCAACUCGCAAGGUCUUACACCACACAAGGCCUGGCGCGUUGCAUUCAUUGUCCCGUUUAUCAUCAUCGUUGCGAUUGCAGUGGCAAUGCUGUUCUUGUGCGAGGACACACCCACGGGUAAAUGGUCAGAACGCCACCUCUGGACUAGAGAAAUGGCAGCCGAGUCAGAAGGCAAUAUCGUGGACCUCAAAGCGGAUGUGAGGUCCAAUCAAGCUUCUACCACGCCGUCCAUGACCAUGGUCAUGGCAGACGUAGAGAAGAAAGGUGCACAAACGCCGGUGUCUCUUGGCUCCGGUUCUCAGACCAUCGCUGAGUUCGACGCCAUCCGAGCGGACACUGUGGUCGCUCCCACACGCAAGGAGGCCAUGGAGGUGCUUUUCAGUCUCUCGACUGCUGCGGUAGCCAUCCCCUACGCCUGCUCAUUUGGUGCAGAGCUCUCCAUCAACUCCAAUCUGGGCGAAUACUACUCAGCGAAUUUCCCUCACAUGGGUCAGACCAAGACCGGACAAUGGGCUGCCAUGUUCGGCCUGCUCAACGUCGUGUUUCGACCAGCUGGCGGCUUUCUCGCCGAUCUGCUCCUUCGCCGCACGCAGAACCUGUGGUCGAAGAAGUUGCUGCUUGUGUUCUUGGGUGUUAUCAUGGGUGGUUUUGAGCUCGCGAUCGGGCUUACGAAUCCCAAAUCCGAGUCCACCAUGUUUGGGCUGCUUGCCGGACUUGCAUUCUUUUUGGAGUCGUGCAAUGGUGCCAACUUCGCCUUGGUGCCACAUGUUUACCCUUUUGCCAAUGGCGUUGUAUCCGGCGCUGUCGGUGGGAUGGGCAACCUUGGCGGGAUCAUCUUUGCAAUCAUCUUCCGCUACAAUGGCUCGGACUAUUCUAGGUCUCUUUGGAUCAUCGGUGCAAUCUCGAUAGCCGCAAAUGUGCUUGUGUCGUGGAUCCGACCAGUGUCGAAGAAGCAAAUUGUGCAACGAUAA